ACCCAGUGAUAACAAAUCCUUGAGCUUCAUCAUUGAUAAGUAGCACGUUCACGGGACGGUUUCCACCAGAGCCGAGCUCAACCGGCAUUGGCCUGCUGCAGAGAGAGCGCCUUUGGGCUUCAAAAUGCAACGCACGUGCUUAUUAUAGUAUAAGGAGCCAACUGCAGUAGCAUCAAGGGGAGCCGCGGGGCUAUCCCGGGCACAACGCCGGUGCCGGAGCCCGCCUGCGCGGCACACAGCGCUCACACCGUUGCAGCUAUGUCAGAUUCGGCGACGGGAAGCGGGGGGCCUGUGACGCAGGGAUACACGCCCCUGACACGGAUGCAGGAGAAGGCCUCACAACUACGUCAGGAGCUGGAGGUACUGAAUAAGAACGAGCGGCACGCGCAGUUCAAACGCAACAUGUCCAUCAAAGUGCCGGGGGAAGCCUCCACCACGGGCCGCAGCGGCUCCCGGCGGCUGCCGCGCAGCAGCACUAUGGCCUCCUCCGCCGCCGGCGUGGGCCGCAUGUCCUUCUCCCACCUAGCCAUGUCGCUAUCUGGCCUAGGCGCGGCAGGUGCCUCAAACAGCGGACCCUUCGACCGCCCCGGCUCCGCCGCCGGCGGCGCCUCGCGCAUGUCCUCGCGUCGCGCUUCCAACGCCAGCGGAGCCAACACCGACGUGUCGGGCGACGAGCGGCCGUUCGGGGGCGGCUCGCGCAGCCCGUCGCGGCGCGGCGGCGCGCGCAGCCCCUCGCGCACUGCGGCCAUGCGGGACAUGCAGGAGCACUACGCGGCGGCCAUCAGUCGUCAGAACGCGCUGGAGGACCACGCCGCGGAGCUGGAGAACCGUGUGCGCGACCUGACCUCCGACAAUGAGCGGCGGCAGGAGAGCUACAUGCGGCGUGAGGCGCAGCUGCAGGGCGAGAUAGGGCGGCUCGAAGACCAGCUGAGGGUGGCGCGGGGCGAGCGGCCCAACCACCCCGCGUUCGGGAAGGCCACUACCAACAUCAAGGAGCUGCACGCGCAAGUGGUGGAGCAGAUUGAGGGGCUGCUAGACGCACAGGCCGCGGCGCUACGCACGGAGGAGCACAGCGCGCUGCGGCGCUUCACGGCGCGGCUGAACGAGCUGGAGGGCGCGGUGGCGGCGGAGCGCGGCAAGCCCAACAAGGAGGACACGGACUGGAUGGAGAAGACCAUGGCGUUGAGGAACGAGCUGGAGACCACACAGAACAUUGCGCAGAUCCUGGACAAGAAGCACGCGCUGCUGGCUGAGGAGAACGGGCGGCUGCGCAGUCAGUUCAAGCUGCAGGAGGAGGACCGCGAGUACCUCAUCAAACAGACCGUGGCGCUCAAGAAGGAGAACGCCGCGCUCAGGAACCAGCUGGCGGCGGCGCUACAGGAGGUGGCCACGCUGAACGCGGAGCGGGAUGACAUCCUGAUGGCGCUGGAGGAUGGCGGCGGUGGCGGCGGCGGCAGUGUCAUGACGGGCCGGCUGGCGGCCGGGCGGCCCAUGUCGGCAAUGUCUGGGCGGCCCAUGUCAGCGGUGUCUGGGGGGCGCGGCGGAGCGGGCAGCUCCUGGGCGGCUGGAUCCAGCGCGGGCACCGGCGGCGGCGGCGUGGAUUCGCAGAUCCAGAUUAAGAUCCAGCGCUACGAGGACGUGAUUGAGAGCCUGAAGAAGCUGCUGGAGGGCGAGCGGCGGAGAACUAAGCAGGCCCGCGCCGCUCACACGCUGGAGCUGCAGCAGCGCACCAGCCUGCAGGCCAUCCUGCGGCAGUGCAUCGACGACGUGCGCGAGCGGCGGAGAGUGCUAGAGGCGGAGGGGCACCGCGAGCACUCCAACGCGGAGCGGGCGCAGGCGCGGUCACGGCCACUCAGCGCGCGGGGCCCGGGGGGCAGCGCAACCGUGUCUCGCCCGCUGUCAGGGACGCCACUCGGCGCCGCCGCCGCCAUGCGGCGACCCGGCAGCGCAGCACUCAGCCGCCCCGGCAGCGGCCGCGCCGCCGCCGCCGCGGUCGCGUCGGCUGUGCGCGUCUCAGCCACAGGGGGCGUGGCACCACCAGGGCCGCCGUCCUUCAGCUAUGAGCCCGGGGCAGGGGCCCCUGGCGGAGGUGGAGGUGGGGGAUCGGGAGGCGACGGCUGGGGGGCGGACGGUGGUGGCGGUGCGCCGCUGGUGCUCUCGGCUGGCGAGCGCGAGCAGCUGGUGGAGGCACUGCUGGCCAAUGAGGAGGUCCUCAAGGUGGUGUUCGACAAGACGUUCCCCGGCGUGGCGCCGCACCCACCCUCCGACCCCUACCUGGACCGCAUGGCCGCAUGGCAGGAGCAGCGCGAGGCGCAGGUGGUGGCGAACGCCAAGGUCCUGGCAGCCACCAAGAACGGUGCGGUGCCGUCUGCGGCCGCGUUGGCUGCGUCCACACCCGGCGGCGCACUGGUGAAGGAGGCGGCGGCGCGGCCUUGGGUGCUCAACGUAGACGCGAUGCUGUCUGACUUCUUAGGAGGAGGUGGCGGGGCGCGCGGCGGGGCACAGCACGGCGAGGGCGCGGGCGCGACGUCGGGCGGCGGCGCGGCGGGGCGGUGAGGCGAUGACGCCGGUAGUCUUAGGGGCCCUGCGUGAGGCCGUGGGAUGGUCGCGACGCGUGAGUGCAUGUGAUGAUGUAUUGUGUGGCUGGUUGGGUGGUGAACUGGUGUAGUAAGUUUUUUAUGAUACUAGCUGGGCCAGUUUUGGUUUGCUCGCGGCCGGCACGUAGGCCUUGCCACAAACUGCCACCUAAUGCACAUGCUAUGAAGUCCUGCCACCAAGGCGUGUGUUGCACCUGGCUGGCCAGGCACUCAGGCAGAUCAGCAUACGUAUUGAAAUCAGUAUGAGGGUGGGUCAUCCGUGACUCUCGCCACUGCAACACAAAGCAAAUUGCGUUUGGUUGGCGAUUCGGACAGGCGGUGCCCGCAACCAUGUAAGAGGGCUAGGGC